AUGGACCGGCUGCGAGCUGCUUUCGAUGAAGUGGUGGAGAUCGUCAAGUCUGCACUGGACGGCGAGCCCAAGACGCCUGCCGAGAUCCUGCUAGACGAGCACCUCCCCGUUGAAGAAAACGUUCUGGCAUCUUUGGUGACAAAAAGUCAUCAAACGACAGGUAUCCCCAUGUCCGUCAUGAACGAACUGGCGUCGCGCACACACAACGUCGUAGACUGUCCGUGCAUUCAGGCGCGGAUCUGGGAGAUCCUCAUCGACCACCAACAGAACCCAGCUUUGCUGAAGAAGGCGCUGAAUCUACUGCAAUAUUUGCUGGUUAACGGCUCCCAAGAAGUUCUGAAGGACACGCGAUCGCCUGCCCGUGCCUCGUUCCUGUUAGAGCUAGCGACGGAAUACAACAAGUACGAGUUCGAACAGUACGAGUUCAGUCAAAACCUAGACGUUGGUGCAGGCGUGCGCAAGACAGCGGCGGAGAUCAACACGUUGCUGAAAGACGACGAUGCUCUGCUUGAAGCGCGUCAAAGAGCGGGGAAGCUGCAUCAAAACCUCUCGUCACGAGGACUACGCAGUGCAUACCCGACACCAAGAGCGAGCGACAAUGAAUCGCGGUCACCAGUAUACACCGACAUGCAUUCGUACGGCUCAAGACUGGAUGACAUAGCGUCUCGAAUCGUGACGCACCCACCGUCCGAUUCAGACGACGAAAGGAGCUAA